CUGGUCAACAACACGCAUCUCUAGAUGUGCUUGUUUACGCCAGCAGGGCGGUAUAAAUACGGGCCCGAAUCUCUCCACAACCAGAAGCUGCUUCAACUGGAAGCAACACCAUGAACAGGGUUCUCCUCUUAUUACUAGGCUUAUGCCUGGCCCAGGCAAACAUAGGGCAAGACCGACCAGUCUCCGUUUACGACCAGGACCAUGACUACGUGUACCGAUAUGAAGGCGACAUCAAGUCCGGCAUCCCGCAAACCUCCGACCGCUUCUCCGGCAUGAAGAUACAGGCUGACGUCAGGCUACAGUUCCGCACCGAGCAGGACGUUUUUAUGCGACUCGAGAAGAUCUCACUCAAGACCCUCCUGGGAGAACUCGACUCACCUGAGGAGAAGAAGAUGCAGAUGAUGAAGACGUCUCCUGAGGAAGUCGUGCCGGACCAGAUGUACCAAGACUCCUUCAAGCAGGACCACCUGGACAUGGCCGAGGACUGGUGGAUGACAAGGUGGUUACACAAGGAAUCUUCUGAGGAGACCCAAGACAGCGAGAUGAAAUCUUCGGAGUCCGGUGAGAGGUCCGAGAAGAGCUUCAGCCGCGAAGUCCCCGAAGAAGACAUGCGUGAACUUCUUAAGCACAUUGAGAAGGUCAUCAAGUUCCGCUAUGAGGAAGGGGACGUGAAGGACAUUGAAGCCAGGAAGGACGAGCCACAAUGGUCGGUCAACUUCAAGAGAGGCAUUCUUCAUCUUCUUCAGCUGACGAUGGAUCCCCGUAAGUCUGACAUAAUGGACCGUGAUGAUGACGUCACACCCAACAUGUCGUACGACAAGUUCGCCACGGAGAGGAUCUACCGCGUCAUGGAGGAUGACGUUACCGGGCGGUGCGAGACCCUGUACAACAUCCGGGACAAUCGCGUGCAGAAGAACAUCCGGGAGAUCAUCAAGACUAAAGACUACAGGAACUGUGAGGAGAGGAGUGAGCAUGCGCAGGCCAUCCAGUCUGGCUUCAUACCUCAGGAACAGGGGUGGUGACGUCAUCACAUUCGCCAAACAGUCCCUGAAGCUGCAGGAGUCCGCUGACCGGACGGAGGAGCUUCCUGAGCCGGAGCCUGCUGAGCGGAAGGGAGGGCUGAUGUUCGUGUUCGGGACGCGCGACCAGCCGCGGGACCGGGACUGGGACAGCUACAUGCGCAUGGGCGACCAGCAGAAACAGGAAUUAACCCAGAUGAAGAAGGAAAAGUUCAUGAAUCUGGUGGAGGAACUGCGGAGUCUGCAUCAGGACCAGCUGGAGACCAUCAUCACGGAGGAGAUCACCUCACCUCAGGAAAAGCAGCAGGACUGGCGACAGCAGAACGCCCGGAAGGUCCUCCUUGACGCCCUGUCCUUGGUGGGGAAGAAGGAGGCUCUCAAGGUCAUCCAGCAGCUGAUGGAACAAGACAAGGUCACGGAUGACGAGAGUGCGCAGAUGCUGACCGGAAUCUCCCUGUCCAUCCAGCCGUGUCCGGAGUCUGUCUCCAACAUGAUGGAUCUAGUGAAGUCCCGGCGGUCCCAGUCCAGUCCGCAGGUGCGCCAGUCGGCCUGGUUGUCCCUGGGCACCAUGCUGCACGGGCUGCUGUCCGAGCGGAGGGAGGGACAGCUGAAGAGACACCUGCCGGAGAACAGCGAGAUGAUUAUGCAGCUCAGGAGACUCUACUCACAGGAACUUUUGACAUGCCUGGAUGAUGCCCAGUCUGACGAUGAGAAGCUGAUGUGUCUGAAGGCCAUGGGUAAUGCUGGACUGGAGGAUACUGUGGACCGGCUCCAUGACGUCAUCACCGGGAAGGAGUCUGACGUCACUCCUCUGGAACUCCGUGUGGAGGCCAUCAGGGCACUGUGGCGUGUAGCGGAGAGAUUACCCCACAAGACCCUGAACAUCCUGUACCCUGUGUUUAACAACCCUGAGAGAGACCCGGAGGAGCGCACAGCCGCGUUUGAUGUCAUCAUGGCGUCCAACCCUCCCCUGUCUGUACUGGAGAUGAUCGCACAGUCCACACAGAGGGAGACUAGUAACCAGGUUGGCCAGUACGUUUACACCUGCCUGAAGAAGUUGUCAGAAAGCGAACUUCCCAAAGACGCGAGAAUGAAGAGGGAUUGCACUAUCGCCCUGCGUCUUGCUAAGCCCUUCAACAAAGGCAUCCAGUACUCACAGAGCCGGAGGUUCCAGGCCAUCGACCGCGACAUGCAGAUGGGUGCCGCCCUGGACAUCAACACAGUUGCCGACAGGAGCUCGGUCUGGCCGCGGUACGCCAGCGCCAAGCUGGGUCUGCACGCCAUGGGGUACCACAUGGACGUGAUGGAGACAGGGGUGCGCGUAGAGGGGCUACAGGCCAUGGUCGACUCGCUCUUCGGGAAGGACAGGGACGAGAAGAAGAGCGUGUUCGAUUACCUGAAGAGGAAGAGCCAGCAGCGCCACCGCACGGAGAGCACAUGGAACAGCAGAAAGUCUCUCCAUGAUAUUGAGAUGGAGAAGAUCCAACAGAAGCUGCCGGUAGAAACCCGUCGCCACAGCGAGCCUCAAGGCCACGUGUACAUGAAGUGGUUUGGAAACGAGAUCAGGUUCGACCAGCUCAACCAGCAGGACAUGCAGCAGCUCAUCGACCAGGGCCGCUGGCCAAUCACCGACAAGGAGGAGCAGCUACGUCACGGCAUGGACACCCACGUGACCAAGGCCACCAAGCUGGUUGAAGCCUCCCGGCAGAUUCCUACGCAGCUGGGUCUCCCUAUCACCUUGGAUAUGAACUCUGCCCUCCUCAUGACCUCUGACGUCAACACCAAGCUGAAGGUCAACCCAGGCAUCUUCCGGGAAGAUAGAGACAACCAGGAGGUCAAGGGCGUGGAUUGUGAGGUCAAGGGCAACCAGGAGCUCGCCUUACAAUUUGUUGGUAAGAUGAGUGUAGACUGCUAUGUCAUCCAGUCCGGAGUCGAGCUGAACGCCGUGAUGACCACACAGUUCCCCCUGUCCGGCAAGAUGUCCCUCGACUUGGAGAACAAGAAGCACAAGCUGACCAUCGAGACACCCGAGAAGGAGCGAGAGCUCUUCGUGUGGCGGUCGGAGCCGUUCGUGUUCACCGAGGAAAGCCGAAGCCGCCCGAACGCCGACGGAAUCGAACGCGAAGACAAGAUCUUCAAGAAGAUGUCCAUCCAAGGCAGGAAGACACAGAAGUGGCCAAAUAUGUUCCACACCAGUUUCGGACGGGAAGAGCUCGGCCUGGAGUUUUCCCUGGAUAGCCGGAUGGUUUCCCGCCAAAACCACGAGAAGACCUGCCCUCUCCACCCGCUGACUGGACCAAUGGAGCUCCGCCUGGCCUGCAAGCCGGGCAUGCACGCCCCCACGCAGAUUGACUUUGAACUGCAGCAGACUGAAGACACCGUCCGCCACCUGAGUCCCCUGGAGCGCCUGGUCUUCACCGAGGAGAAGGAGAGAAGGAAUGAGCGGCGGAUGGAGGUCACGGUUGUCGCUCAGCACCCCCAGCAUCCUCGCACCAUGAAGAUCAAACUCAACACUUAUGAAGAGGUUUGUUUCUGCUUUAGAGUGUUUCCAAUCUACCACCUGUUAAACCCGCUUGUAAUCAUGUUGAUGGUCUUCAAUCGUACGGUGGUCCACUUAUCAUCGCCGUGCACAAAGAUCAGAAGGGUUUUGAAAUGGGGGGAGGGAAGCAGAGACCUGCCUCAGACAUUGAAAGCGUAA